AUAAAGAGCUCAGAGCAGCAGGAGCAGCAGAGAUGGGAACAGGAGACGCUCUGACCUUCUGGGGACUGUUUGUGGUCGUCUUACCUGGGGUGAUGACUGGUGAAUGGGCUGUAUGGUAUCCUGAGAAAUCAGUCUGUGCUGUGAGAGGAUCUACUGUGGUCAUGUCCUGUGAAUAUCAUUAUCCACAGUUACUCAGAGUGGAGACAGUAAUGUGGUGUCAUAAUACUUAUGCAAGCUAUCCAUAUGUGUGUCACAGUAAUAAUGAAAAUGUCAGUGCUCAGUACACAGGCAGAGCGGAGUGUUUGGGGGACACAGUGAAGAUCACUAAAUUACGGAUAAAGGACAUUAGAGACACAGAUGCUGGACAGUAUAGAUUCAGGUUUAUAACCAAUGAUACAGCUGGAAAAUGGACUGGUAACCCUGGAGUGAUUCUUAAAGUCGAUGGUGGUGCAUGGACUGUAGAUUAUCCAGAGAAAACCGUGCGUGCAGUGAGAGGAUCGACUGUGGUCAUCAAAUGUCGAUAUGAUUUUCCAGAGUCAUACAAAGUGGAUUCGAUGAUAUGGAGUCAUAAUACUGAUGACUGUGCAGGAAAAUCACAUGUUUAUAACAGCAAUAAUACAAACAUUAGUGCCCAGUAUGCAGACAGAGCAGAGUUCCUGGGAAACAAAGAGAAGAACUGUACAUUAAUGAUAAAGAACAUUACAGAGACUGAUGCUGGAGUGUAUAGAUUCAGCUUUACAGCUAAUGGAUGUCUACAGUGUGGUCAACAUGGAGUAGCACUGCAAGUUGUUGCUAAAGGUAAUCCAAUAACAAUAUUAGUAUUGGUGCUGGUAAUACUACUGGCUGUUUUAGCUGUAAUAUACAUCAUAAUCAGAAGGAAGAGAGAUUCGCUGACUGUGGUGAAUGACAGAGGGGGCGAAACACAAAUUCCAGAAGAUAAUGAGUAUACAAACAUUACAGAGUCUGUUUCUCAGAACAGGAACCAGAGACAGGAAGUCUCUUCUCAGAUGGAGGAAGUCUGUUAUGCUUCUGUGCAGUUUAGCACCGAACAGCCAGACAGGCAGUGUGACGUCAGUAACACAGAGAGCCGCGAUGAUGCAGUCAUAUACGCUGCGGUCAGAACACCUACCAACUGCAGCUAAACUGGGGUCGCCUCUGCAGGGCCGUCAGAGGAGCUGCUGGAGCUGCAGUGACCAUAGAGCACUCUGGAGCUUCCCAUUUGGCUGAGAGUCACUCUCAGUGACCUGAGGCAGACAAGCUCUCCUUUUACUGCUCCUGGGUGGGUUUCCAGAAAGCGAAUAAAGAACGACCUAAGUAAAGAA